AUGUAUGGUAGCCUCGAUGCCCGAUCAUCGGACCAAGUAGCCCGAAAGCAGGAAAAGAAGCUCAAGAAGGCCAAGAAGCCCAAGAAGGCCAAGAAGCCCAAGGAGCCCAAGUAUCCCAAGAAGCGCAAGGAUCCCAAGAAGCGCAAGUAUCCCAAGAAGCGCAAGUAUCCCAAGAAGCCCAUCGACGGCGUGGCAGAUACACAGCAGAAGAAAAACACGCAGGCCGAUUGCAUCUGCAACCGUGAAAGAAAGGUCUACAAAUGUGGCGCCUGUACCCGCUUCGUGACUGGACGCGUUGCCAAGGUGUGUGCCGUCCAUCCUUCGGAGAUAUGUUCGAUGGACCUUCGUGGGUGUCCCCAUUGUGGCUUCAAGUUCUUAACCCAGACCCUUUACAAAGUGGACGACGAGCAGGAUCAAUUGCAGUAGAUGGAGCCGCAUAAGCGGAGAUACAUUAUAAGUGUUUCAAUAAUUAUUAAA